AUGGUUACUCUAGGUUCAAUAUUUUUUACCCUAUUUUUUCUUCCUUUCUUAGUCAGCUCUAUACAUCAUCGUAAACUUGAUGAUGCCAAUGCCAAUUUCUAUAGCUGCCUCUCCCUUGAAUCUGGAAAUCAACCACGCAUUUACAACAUUGUUCAUACUAUAUGGUCAAAAAAUUACCAAUUUAUACUCGAAUCUUCGAUACAUAAUGCUAGGUUCAACAAUCCCAAUGUCCCGAAACCUUACUUCAUAAUCGUCCCAGAAAUUAAAGAACAAGUACGAGCAGCCAUGAUUUGUUGCAAAAAUUCUGGAUUUGAAACUAGGGUUAGAAGUGGUGGACAUGAUUAUGAAGGUCUUUCUUACAUUUCUUACAAACCCUAUUGCUUAGUUGACCUAUCGAACCUUAAAAGCAUCGAUAUCGACGUGCAAGGAAAGACUGCUUGGGUGGAAGCUGGGGCGACACUAGGGGAACUUUACUACAACAUUGCGAACAAAAGCAAAACCCUAGCUUUCCCAGCUGGAACUUGCCCUUCUGUAGGUGUUGGAGGUCAUAUUAGUGGUGGUGGACAAGGUCCAUUGAUGAGGAAAUACGGCCUUGCAGCGGAUAACGUGCUAGAUGCAACGAUCCUCAACGUUAAUGGUACGAUUCUUGAUCGUACUGGCAUGGGCGAAGACCUAUUUUGGGCCAUUCGAGGUGGUGGUGCAGCUAGUUUCGGGGUGGUUCUAUCGUGGAAGUUACAAUUAGUCGAAGUUCCCCCAGUUGUUACUUUCUUCAACAUAGCUCGAACUCAAGAAAAAGGUGCUACAAAGCUUGUUAGGAAAUGGCAAAAGCUAGUAAAUGAAUUCCCUAAAGAGCUUUUCCUAAGAAUAAAUAUAAACCCUAAAAAGAAUUCUUUAGGGCAACCAUCGAUAGAGGCUACAUUUAACUCGUUAUAUUUAGGGACAAGACGCCAACUUCGAAGAUUAAUGAGAAGGAAGUUCCCUGAAUUGAAAUUAAAGUCGAGGGAUUGUGAAGAAAUGAGCUGGAUUGAUACAACAAUAAGGAUAGAUCAUUACAGAAAUGGAUCAACAAUUCAAGAUUUGUUAGAAAGGAAAGACAAGAGACCAACAUUUUACAAAGUCAAGUCAGACUAUGUAACAAAGCCUCUAUCUAAAAAAGCAUUAGAAGGGUUAUGGAAUGUGUUCAAUUCAGGAUUUGGACUAAUGAUAUUCACCCCUCAUGGUGGAAAAGUGAGUGAAAUAUUAGAGGAUGCAACUCCAUUUCCACAUAGAAAGGGUUAUUUAUAUAACAUACAAUAUUUUGCAAUGUGGCUUAAACCAAACCAAACUGUAGAACAGAUAAAAUUGGAUUGGAUCAAAGGGAUUUAUGAUUACAUGGGAGAGUUUGUUUCAAAGCCAAGAACAGCAUAUCUAAAUAGCAGAGAUUUGGAUUUGGGAAAAACAUUAAAUGGGAAUGAGAAAUACUCAGAAGCAAAAAGUUGGGGUGAAAUGUAUUUCGGAAGUAAUUUUGAGAAAUUGGCUCGGGUGAAAUAUAGUGUUGAUCCAGGAAAUUACUUCAGGAAUGAGCAAAGUAUUCCACCUCUUGCUCCAUAA